UACUUGCUCCAGGAGGAAUGGAUGCUGCUGAGUCAGCAGCAGAAGGACCUCUGUGGCUCUGACAAGCUGGUGGCACCCCCAGGUGCAGUGGCCUGUAAUUUCACCUGCUCAGGAGGCUGAGGCAGAAGGAUCACAAAUUUGAGGUCAGCCUGGUCAACUUUGUGUCAAAAUCAAAAAGGGCUGGGGAUGUCGCUUAAUGAGGAGAUGCCUGAAUUUGUUUGAUCCCCAGUAUUACAGAAAAAUUAAGUAAAUAAAUAAAAUGGCCAAUAUUUGGCCAUUGGGAGUCUUCAUAUAAAAAUAUGUUUUUUCAGCUUCUCUUGACAUCUUUGUGGCAGUGCUGAGCCUGUGUCCCUGGAGGUGGCGUUGCAGAGCUGUGUAGCUCCCCUUCUGCAGGAUCACGUCCUCUGGGUUGCCGUUGCCCCGAUGCCUGGCCUGGUUUCCUCAGCUGCCUAUCAGCGCUGGGGUUGUGAGCCUCUAUCUGGUUCCACAGCUUUGGGCCCUGCCAGUCUCUCAUUGCUUUCACCCGGCACCUCACCCCCAGCCUCCGAUCCUGCUAAGGGUCUCGUGAGUCCCUGAGUUUCCAAACCACUGGGCUGUACCACCCAAGUCCUGCUUUCUCCUUCUGCCUGUGACCUCAAGACAUGGAGGGACAUCCCCGCCAGGCCCUCCUUAGCAUGUGACCCGAGGCCAGGCCCUCACAGUGCUUUCCUCUGUUCCCGCCUCAGGAGCGACUAUGGCCGGCCCCAGCUUGCUCAGGGAGUUUGGGCGAGGGUCCGAGCCGUGGCCAGGCGACAUCCAUAGCCACAGGAGUCUUCUGGGCCACCACCCCGGGAAAGGCCAGGUGGGCUACAUGAAAGAAAUGGAUGUGCAGAGUCCCGCCUGGGACAGUGGACCAUACCUGCCACCUCCAAAGAAAGCCUGCCUUGCCCACUCGAGUCCAGAGGGUGGCACCGCUGAAGGAGACUGGACAGGAAGAAGCAAGAAACCCCGCUCCAUCCAGAAGUCGUGGUUUGCACAGUUUCCAUGGUUGAUCAUGAACAGGGAGCAGACGGCUCUGUUUUGCUCUGCCUGCCGAGCAUACCCAUCCGUCAGGGACAAACGGUCGAGAUUAAUAGAAGGCUAUACAGGACCAUUCAAGGUGGAGACUCUCAAGUACCACGCCAAGAGCAAAGCCCACAUGUUCUGUGUCAAUGCAUUGGCCGCCCACGACCCCAUCUGGGCAGCCCGUUUCCGGAGCAUCAGAGACGGGUCUGCAGGUGUCCUGGCCAGCACUGAGCACCUCUUCCCUGCAGAUUAUCCCGUGUUCUACCCGCCAGAGCCUCUGGGAGACUUUGAUAAGAUGACAGAGCUCCUGCCGAGUUCAAGAGCUGAACUGGAGGACCCUGGGCCAAGUGCAGCAAUACCUGCAUUGUACGUGGACUGCAUGGCAGAAUUAGGGCAAAAAGAAAUCUCCAGUGACACCCACGACUCCUCAAACAUUUUGUGCAGUGACACUGUUGAAUUCUGCAGGCAGGCCCCUGCAGAGGAGGGACUGCUGGAGGUACCUGUGGUGCUCGAGGAGCUUCCGGCUGUGUUUGAGGAUGUGGCGGUGUAUUUCACCCAGGAGGAGUGGGGCCUGCUGGACCAGCGGCAGAAGGAGCUGUACCGAGACGUGAUGCAGAUGAACUACGAGCUACUGGCAUCCCUGGGGCCUGCUGCUGCCAAGCCAGAUUUGAUCUCAAAACUGGAGCAGAGAUCUGCACCCUGGAUCAAGGAUCCAGAUGGGCUGAAGUGGGGAAAAGGUCAUCCACCAGGGAACAAGAGGAUGGCAGCAGUAAGAGAGGCAGACACUCCGGCCCCCACUACAGAAUCUGCAUCACUUCCCGCUCCUCCUGAGGAGAUGCUUGCCUUCUACUGCCCUUCCAGCACGCAUGCAGGAGAAGUGGGUGGGCCUAGGAAAACCCAGAGGACUUACAGACCCCGUUCCAUUCAGAGGUCAUGGUUUGGGCAAUUCCCCUGGUUAGUAGUUGACCCCACCGAGACCAAGCUCUUCUGCUCAGCCUGCAAAGAGAGACCCACGCUCCAUGACAAGUCAUCUCGUUUAGUCCAAGGUUACACUGGGCCCUUUAAGGUGGAGACUUUAAAGUACCACGAAGUCAGUAAGGCACACAAGCUCUGUGUCAACACUGUGGAGGUCAAAGACAGCAGCCCUCAGGCCACCCUGGUCCCAGAGAUCUCCAGCGACCUCAUGGCCAACAUGGAGCACUUCUUCAAUGCUGCCUACUCCAUUGCGUACCAUUCCCGGCCCCUGAAUGACUUUGAGAAGAUGCUGCAGCUCCUCCAAAGCACGGGGACCAUGAUUUUAGGCAAGUACCGAAACCGUACCGCAUGCACACAGUUCAUCAAAUACAUCUCAGAGACCCUGAAGAAGGAGAUCCUCGGGGACAUUCGCAGCUCCCCAUGUGUGAGCGUGUUGCUGGACAGCUGCAGGGACUCUUCCGACCAGGCCUGUGUGGGGAUUUACAUCCGCUACCUUAAGCAGCUGGAGGUGAAAGAGUCAUAUAUCACCCUGGCCCCACUCUACAGUGAGACAGUGGAUGGGUACUUCGAGACCAUCAUCGCAGCCCUGGAUGAGCUGGACAUCCCCUUCCGGAAGCCUGGCUGGGUGGUGGGCCUGGGCACCAAUGGCUACACCAUGUUGAGCUGCAAGGGAGGCCUCGUUGAGAAGUUCCAGGAGAUCAUCCCGCAGCUGCUGCCUGUCCACUGUGUGGCCCACCAGCUGCACAUGGCCGUGGUGGACGCUUGUGGGAGAAUUGAUCUGGUGAGGAAGUGUGACCGGCACAUCCGGACCAUCUUCAAGUUUUACCAGACCUCCAACAAGAGGCUGAAUGAGCUGCAGGGUAGCGCGGCGCCCCUGGAGCAGGAAAUCGUCCGCCUGAAGGACCUGAACGCUGUCCGCUGGGUGGCCAGCAAGCGGCGCACACUGAAUGCGCUCAUCGUGAGCUGGCCUGCGCUGGCGCGGCACCUCCAAACUGUGGCAGAAGCAGGGGGCCAGGUCGGGCACAGGGCCCAGGGCCUGCUGAAGCUGAUGAAGGGCUUCCAUUUCAUCAAGUUCUGCCACUUCCUCUUGGACUUCCUCAGCAUCUACAGGCCCCUGGCUGAGGUGUGCCAGAAGGAGAUGGUGCUGAUCACAGAGGUAAACUCCGAGCUGGGGCGCGCCUACAUCGCACUGGAGGCCCUCCGCCACCAGGCGGGACCCAAAGAGCAAGAGUUCAAUGCCAGCUUCCGGGACGGGCAGCUCCACGGCAUCUUCCUGGACAGGGUGGAGAUGGCAGAGCAGCGGUUCCAGGUGGACAGGGACAGGAUGAUACUGACGGGGGUCGAGUACCUCCGGCAGAGGUUUGACACAGACCGCCCCGUGCAGCUCAAGAACAUGGAGGUGUUUGACACCAUGGCUUGGCCAAGUGGGGUGGAGCUGGCCUGCUUCGGGAACGAUGACAUUCUCAGCCUUGCCAGGCACUUUGAGCUCUCCCUGCCUGCAGGGUACAGCGAGGAGGCACUGCUGGAGGAGUGGCUAGGCCUGAAGGUGGCUGCCCAGAACCUCCCAUUCUCCAUGCUGUGUAAAAAUGCCCUGGCCCAGCACCGCCGCUUCCCCUUGCUGAGCAAGCUCAUGGCCGUGGUGGUCUGCGUGCCCAUCUCCACCUCCUGCUGUGAGCGUGGGUUCAAGGCCAUGAACCGGAUCAGGACUGACGAGAGGACUAAGCUCUCCAAUGAGGUGCUCAACAUGCUCAUGAUGACAGCAGUGAACGGGGUGGCGGUGACGGAGUACGACCCGCAGCCCGCCAUCCAGCACUGGUACCUGACCUCCUCGGGCCGGCGCUUCAGCCACGUCUACACCUGCGCCCAGGUGCCCACCCGCUCCCACACAGGUGCGGGGCUCAGGAAGAAGGGGCUGGGAGCACAGAAGUGGCCCAUCGCGCCCUCCGGGGAGCCCUGGAGAUUCUGAAGGACGCUUGUGGAGGCCCCGAGACUCCGUACUGCACCAGCCAGGGGCCCCCAAGCCACCCGGACAGAGAGGGCCUAGAGAAGGUCUGGGGGACCCCCACGUGGCCCGGCCUCCUGACCCACUCAUGUGGACAGGCUCUCUGCAUUCUGGGCUGUCCUGGCGGGGUCACCCCCUAAACCCUAGCAAGUAGGUGGUGACAACAUGGCUGAAGCCACCUCUGAGGGACACCAGGCAUUGCCGCAGACCUGUCUUAAGCACAGAGUACGCCCAGAGGGUCUCAUGCCCACUUAAGGUCCACCUGGAAGAAUCCCGGCUUGCCGCUUGCUGGUGGCAGAGGACAUUCCGGAAGUGGGAGAGACUGUUGGGGUUGGAGGACCAAAAGGAGCACCCCAGCCCUCUGAGCCCCUGCAUCACUUCGUUAGGGUGGCAGCUUGGCUGCAAGAGUCCCCAGGAGUUGCCCUUCAGGACCACUGGCCCUGGCUGCUGUGGCAGAAGCGGGAGGUCUUCCAGUCAGGUGAGAAACACAGGUCAGAGAAUUCUGCUUCCUCUGCCGGGUCUGCCCAGGAUGAAGCAGAAGAGAACCCUUCUCCACAGCAGAGAAGGGGGUCUUGCCUGGGGCCCUCCCUGGGAGUCCUUGGGUGUGUUUUCCUGAGGAAUGUGUGGGUCGGAUUCAGAGUUGGGGGCCUAGGGUCCAUCCGGGCUCUGCUGCGGGCAGUGGUUUGCCUGGGAUGUGUCCUUUGUGCUUAUCUGUGCCUCAGUUUCCCUCUCCAUGCCAUGGCAGCCAAGAAUCUAAGUGCCUCUCCCCCCGGCCCUGGGUGCCCCAGCAUAGUCAUGAGAGCCUCUCACUCCUUGAGAGAGGGACAUCUCCGCCCUCUGCUCUCCUGCCCUGUUCCUGUCCUCAGUGGGAAGUUCGCCUCUGAGUCCUCUUGUGGGCAGAGGUGCUGUCCACGUGGACCGUCAGCAGGACAGACUUGUCCCUUCCUCAGCGAGCUGCCCCGGGGACUCUGCUUAGAACGGCCGCCACUGCUUGGUGACCGUGCCUGCCCUAGAUGGCACAGUCCCAUUCUCUGGACCACAUUCAGCGACCAGGUUUCUGACAAGCUGCCCCAGAACCUUGUGGGUAUCCUCUGCUUAGGAUACCUCUGGCACGAGCAGGUCCCCAGUCCCCCCACCGACAUCCCCCGCCCACCAGGGCAGAGCUCUCGCCUCCCAAGGCAGUGUGGUCUGGGCAGGAUCCAGGCUGCUGAGCUGGAUGGGAGCCUGGCGCCCCAGUUCUGCGUCUUUAGCCGGUUGGGAAGUUAGCAAUGUCUCUGCAAAGGGCUUCUUGCUCCUGCCUCAGGCUUACUUAGACAGGCAGAGACCCUGUUUUCUGCCCUCUGCAGGGGGUCCUUGCUGUGUGCCACGGGCACGUAGGUGCCUCCCCGUCCCGCAGUCCCGUAGACGCCCUGGUUCCCGACACCCACACUCAGCCUUAGCACUUCACGUUGCUGUCUUUUUCCUCUCUGCCUCCACGCUGUGGAGGUGCCUCCUCGCCAGCUCUGGAGGUGGCCCUCAGAGUCUCCCCCAGGAAGAAGCACUUUCCCUUUGGCCAGAGUCCUGGCCGUCAUCUUCACCCAGGUUCUCCUCCUGGCACCUGUCCUUCCCCUUCCCGCACGACUGACGCCCACUGGGGCGGGCAUUCCAUGUAACCAGCAUUGUAGCACAUACUUCAAUUUCAGUAGCCAUAGAGACUCUGGGGGUGAGGGAGCCUCGCCUUGUCCAGGCCGGACACCUAGGAGGGUGACCAGCUCCAGAUCUUUGCUGUCUGUCUUGCAAAGGGGUGUCCCUAGGGUGCUAUGUACAGAUCAGGCAGGGCAGAGGUCUCCGGUUCCCUCACAUAGGGGUCUGUGUGACCAAGAACACCAAGGGUGACUAGACAGGGAUGUCUUUGCUUGCCCUGGUUUCAACGACGUGCACAUGUUUAGAAUGACCAUGUUCGAUUCCAAAUCUUUUGCUAUCCGAAUAAAGCAGAGUGUAUUUCCACA